GUACGGUACGAAUAUUUGGUGGCGGAGAAACUGACGUGAUUGUUCUUGUAAGUUGUAGGCGGUUGCUGAACCAAAGUGAUGGUACUUGGCAGUGGUGGAGCAUCGCCCAUUGAAGACAACCAACUUCAAGAUUGUGCUGGAGUAAUGGAUGGGGGAGGGGAUACCUGUGAAGCUGUCAUGAAGGAACCUCAGAAUGGUCCUUCUGAGAACCAUGCACCUGCCGCCAAAGAAGGCGAACCUGGCUUCGAGAUGACCGCUGGUGCAGUCAAUAUACCUCAUUCUGGAGCAACCAGCUUCAGUUUGAGGAAGUUGUGGGCUUUCACUGGUCCUGGUUUCCUGAUGAGCAUAGCCUACCUUGAUCCAGGCAACAUAGAAUCGGAUCUGCAGUCAGGCGCUAUCGCUGAAUACAGGCUGCUAUGGGUUCUUAUGUGGUGUACAGUGAUGGGUUUAGUGUUACAGCUACUAGCUGCCAGAUUGGGUUCUGUUACAGGUUAUCAUCUAGCCCAGGUGUGCUACCGGGAGUAUCCACCUGUUCCUCGAAUAGCUCUCUGGAUCAUGAUUGAGAUUGCAAUCAUUGGAUCAGACAUUCAAGAGGUGGUUGGAUCGGCUGUGGCAAUCAACCUUCUGUCCAAUAAUAAGAUUCCAAUUUAUGCUGGCUGCCUUAUCACCGGAGUAGACACGUUCACAUUCCUCUUCUUAGAGAGUGCAGGUCUACGUAAAUUGGAAGCGUUAUUUGGAGCUCUCAUCACGACUAUGGGAGGAGCUUUUCUAUACAUGUACAUCGUUGUAGCCCCAGACCAGGGCGAGAUCUUGAAGGGUAUGUGGUUUCCGUGGUGUGAGGGGUGCAAACUUCCAGCUAUCCAACAAGCAGUGGGCAUCGUAGGGGCUGUCAUCAUGCCUCACAACAUCUACCUGCACUCUGCACUCGUAUUGACUCGCAAGGUAGAUCACAAAGAUAAAGUCGAGGUUCGAGAAAGCAAUAAGUACUAUUCCAUUGAAUCAGCUAUUGCGUUGUUUAUAUCAUUUCUUAUCAACCUGUUUGUUGUGGCUGUGUUUGCUGCUGCCUUCUAUCCAUCUGAGAAUGCGACGCUCCUCACCGCUGGUCAAUUGAUUCAUGACAAUUAUGGUAAUGCCAUGAAGAUCAUUUGGGGCAUAGGACUCCUUGCUGCAGGACAAAGCUCAACUAUGACGGGCACUUAUGCUGGCCAGUUUGCUAUGGAGGGUUUCUUAGGCAUCCGAUGGAGCAAGUGGAAAAGAGUCUUGCUAACCAGAUCUAUCGCCAUGGUACCCACCCUCCUAGUGGCUGUUUUUGCUGGAAAAGCCCUGGAUGAACUCAAUUCUAUCAUCAAUAUCAUCCAGAGUAUACAGCUUCCAUUCGCUCUCCUACCUAUCCUCUACUUCACAAGCCAAGAGAGACUGAUGGGAGAGUUUAAAAACUCUAGUUUCACCAAAUUCAUAGUGUGGUGCCUUGCAGUACUCAUAAUGGGGGUCAACUUCUACUUGGUGUUUGCAGAACUGAACAACAAACCAUGGUGGGCGUAUUUCCUCAUGAGCAUAUUGGGUGUGAUAUAUGUUAUAUUUGUGGGAUAUUUGGCAUUUGGAAUUGAGCUAUCACACAAGAUAAAGUGCUGGACACUAAAGAAGAUGGGGAGGAUGGAAUAUACCAGAUUGGAAGAGGACUUUGCUACAAUGAGACCACGCUAUCCCCAGUCCCCACCAUUACCACAGGAAAAGACCGAAGACGGGGAAGGGAUCCAGUGAUGUAGAUCCAGUCACUGCCACGGGGAAGAGAAUUAAAAAUGGGGAAGAAUUCAGUAACAAACUCUCUCUCUCUCUCUCUCUUGCCAACAUAUUCCAAUUUUCUCCUGCUUUGUCCACACUGAAAUUAUUCUCAUGGUGCCGUAUGAACUGAGUUCAACAUUGAGAAUGACUUACCAUGCUAACUGAUUCAGGAAACUAAAAUGAAUAAAAUGUGUUAAGAUUUAAAUCAUGAUGAUGUAAUGUGAGUAUCAUCAGAGAGUGAAAGAAUUGUCCACAUGCUUCAGACUUAUCUAACCAAAAAUCCAUGCUUGAUUGUGAUUGAGUGUUUGAUGUAACAACCCAGGUUUCCGUCAUAUCUUUUGUAAUUAGCUUAGAAUGAAUUCAAAUUGUAUUAUGUAUGUUUACUGUACUUCAAAAACACUCCAAUAUUUACUUUACAAUUACUCAUCCCUCAAUUUGUUUUGAUGGUAAUUUGAUGGUAAAACUCUGGUAAUCGAAAGAUUUUUGUCAGGGUUGUAUCACCAAGUACGUUGUUCCAUCCAAUAUUUAUUGAUGGUAAAACUAAAUCAAAUCGAACAAUCAAUAUUUUCUGUUCUCAUAUUUAUUUAAAACCAUUGCAUAGAGAAUCUUGUUCAAAAUUCAUUUCUGCAAAAUCUAAACAGUUUGAAUGGCUCAAAUUGACAUUAUUAGGACUUUUAGAUUUGCGUGGACUGAUACGUGUGACGUCCAUUCAAGGCAGUGCAUUAAAAGAAUGUCGAACGUAGCAAUCCCCAUUGUCUUCGUGCGAAUCUAAAAGUCCCUACUAUGACUGUAGAAUGAAAGGGUCUUUGGAGGCUGUGCCCAGCCUGUGAAUGUGUUUUAUAAAUGCGAUGACAUGGAGAUUCAUAGAGUAUUUCAUUUAUAUGAUG